AUGCAAGUCUUUCCCAAUUCUUAUCUCUUCACUUUUCCUAAACCCUUAAACCCCCCUCUCCACUUUUCCACUUCCACUAUAGUCCUCCGCCUCUACUCUUCCGAAAACCACCACCCUCCACCGUUGCAAAGUCCUUCUCCUCCGACGAGUUCCCCAUCGACGAGACCUUCCUCCAGACUUUCGGCCCCAAUAGCAAGGAAUCCGAGGAUGAAGCUCGAAAGCACAACUGGAUCGAACGCGGGUGGGCUCCCUGGGAUGAAAUCCUCACUCCCAAAGCCCAAUUCGCGCGUCACAGUCUCAACGAAGGAAAUUGUAAGUGCUGGAGGCAGUACAGUAUGGGGGAGUCCUGCAGAUGUAGGAAGUGUUGUAGGAGGGGAAGCAUUUGAUGUGGUUUUGGACAACAAUGGCAAGGAUCUUGAUGCUUCGAGGCCGGUGAUAGAUUGGGCCAAGAGUGCAGGUGCCAAGCAAUUCUUGUUCAUCAGUAGUGCCGGAAUCUACAAACCAACGGAUGAACCUCCUCAUGUUGAAGGGGAUGCUGUCAAAACAGAUGCUGGUCAUGUUGGAGUUGAGAAAUACAUUGAAGAAACUUUUGACAGUUGGGCAGUAUUUAGGCCACAGUAUAUGUUAGGGUCUGGAAAAUGCAACUAG